GUUUAACCAAUCCCAAAGGUGUGGACCAGUUCAAGAUUUCCCAAGUUUGCUCCAUGGGUUUGGUGACAAAUGUGUGGUARACGCUCUGCUGGUUAAUUCUGAGGGUGUGACCUGGGUCACUGGCACUACUACGGCGUCCCGGAUGGGCCAAACUCGCUCCGAUCUUUCGCGCAGCAGCACUGCCGCCUCUGGCAGAGUGAAGCCGAACACCAUAGGGAAAGGUCGUCGACUCUGCCGGGAGAAGAAGAAGCCCCGGAGGGAGCAGAUCAACAGGAAUCCUAUGAAAAGUAAAGUCCUCUCGUGUCUGGGAAGGAGGAAGCGGGACACGAGUCCGAGCGAAGCCGAGUUCGGAUACGGAAACCCCGCGGAUCCAUCGGGAACGCGCCGCGGCCCCAGAGAGGGAAAGCUGCCCCGGGACGAGGUCGUGUCUGCGAGCGGGGAACACCCAGCAGCAGCCCCGCGUUGUUUCGAACCAUYGCCCGGCCCGAGCGAUGGUAACACUGGAGCCAGCCAGCUCGUUGUGAACCGGGAGCUCGUGGCUGGUUCGUCCGAUGAGUCAGGCUUGGAAAGGCGGAGCGGUGAAGUCAGCAUCGCGGAUUGCGAGGAGCCGAGACCCGGGCGGGAARACAAUGCCUCGGAUCUCCCGACGAGGGCCAUGGAAGAUCAGCCUCUGGGGGGAAACAGCCAGGAUCGCAUCGUGCCUGAGUCCAGGACUAAUUUGAGUUUAACCCCGCUCCUCACCUCUGACCCGGACACUGAUCGGACUCUGUACCCGGAUCCACAUUCGGACGGUGGGACAAUAACAGACGAGGCGAACAUGACUAAAACCGACGAGAAAAACAACUGCUGUCCGGCCGAGACUGGGGACUCGGAYCAGAACUCCCCGGGAGGCCAAAGUUUCCCCGGAACCAUUCCGAAACUGAUCAUAACGAGAGACCCGAGUCCGAGUCGUUCCCAGCGGGAGACGGAGCUCAGCACCGGCUCGUGUUUGGACCCCCACGCCGACGAGGAGUUCCCCUGCUCGGACAGCGGCUGCGGAGGGUCCCCCGCCGCGACGCGGAUCCUGAGGAAGCUGUCCUCCUCAUCCCUCUGCCUGUCCUCGGCCUCCUCCUUCGACGAGUCCGAGGAUGACUUCACCGGCAGCGACGUGGAGUCCUCAGGUCGGUCCCCGAGCAAUCCGGACGACGGACCAGGGAAUAAGUCCUGGCACAAGUUGAAGAACAUGGUUCACUGGUCCCCGUUUCUUGAGUCCUUCAAGAAGCAUCGCUCAUGGGUGCAGCUAGCGGGCCAUACAGGUAACUUCCAGCUGGAGGAGUGCGGGCGGCUGCUGAAGCGAUACUGUGAGUGUGAGCAGCAGUGUCUUCAGAAGCUGAUGAACGACGUCCUGCAGCCCUUCGUGCCCGGAUACUACGGCGUGGUGCAGAAAGACGAGCAGGACUACAACAUCAUGGACGACCUGCUGGUCAGCUUCGACUCGCCCACCAUCAUGGACUGCAAGAUGGGCAGCAGGACCUACUUGGAAGAGGAGCUUAAAAAAGCAAGAGAACGUCCACGCCUGCGGAAGGACAUGUACGAGAAAAUGAUGGCGGUGGACCCCGGGGCCCCCACGGAGGAGGAGCGGGCGCAGCAGGGGGUCCUCAAACCCCGGUACAUGCAGUGGAGGGAGACGCUCAGCUCCACCGCUACGCUCGGCUUUCGCAUCGAGGGCAUAAAGAAAGCUGAAAAAACUCGCAACACCAACUUCAAGAAGACGAAGCACAAAGACCAAGUGAUGCAGGCCUUGGAGGACUUUGUCGACGGCAACACCCAGAUUCUGAAACUUUACCUGCAGCGGUUGGAGGAACUCCGCUGUGUCCUGGAGCAGUCACAGUUUUUCAAGACACAUGAGGUUGUGGGCAGCUCGCUCCUGUUCGUGCACGACGCCUCCGGAAAGGCCAAAGUUUGGAUGAUUGACUUUGGGAAAACCGUUCCCCUGCCCGCCCCGAUGACCCUGAACCACAGGACCACCUGGGUCGAAGGCAACAGGGAGGACGGCUACUUGUGGGGACUGGACAACCUCAUCGACAUCUUCAGCAGCAUGCUCCUCAAGACGCCUUAAGAGGGAGACAAAACCCAAGAGGAGCGCAGAAAAAGAUGGUUGAUUUUUACACAAGCUGAGACUGGAGGAGUGGUUUUAAGAGACACGUAUUCAAGUCUUUAUUAUUUUAAACAUCCCUGCAGUGAUYCAAGUAUCUUAAUCAAUGUCAGAAGCAAAAAAACACAGGACCUUGUGUUGUGAUCGUUCAGAGCUUCAGAUUCAGGGAAACAUGAGCAAACAGGAGGAAAGGGAUAAUUCCAACAUACAAGUCUAUUUUAUCACACAAACUGUGACUUAUUUUCUGAGAAUACAAUCCUCAGUUAACCUUUUCCCUAAAAAGAUACACCAUCGCUCCUCAACGGCGCCCUCUCUUGGUUGCACGGCGCAGUUGUCGUGUAGCCAGGAAAUGGAACCACCUUAGUCUUUUAAGCAUAUGGUAACACUAAAACACUGGUCUGACCAAGUGUUGACUAACUCAGUAUGUAAAUAGAGCUUAAUUUAAUUUUUAUUUUAUUUUUUUAGUUUUUGGCUGUGGGUUAACCUUCUUACCGUUUCUACGACGUAUGUGCCUGGCUCUUUUUAUUUUUAAUAAUACCGAUGUUUGAUCAUUCCAGUGAAAACGACGUGCUCCAAAGAGUUCAACCCAAGUAUGAACUGACUUGCAUCAAACCCCAAAGUUUUUGUCUCUAAUUGAAACGAGUUCAUUAUUUUUGUAUAAGCUUUUUUUAAUUGUAUAAUAAGCAGCUCUGAGCUUCGUUUCUUUAGAAAAAGUUUCAAUCUUUUAAAAAAAACGCCACUGAACAAAAACAAGCAGUGCCUCUGUUUUCAGUAUUUAGUUUACAGGUUAACAUGAAUCUAAUUUGGUGUUCAGUUCUUUUUAGUUUAGAGGUUUUUGACAGUAAAAACCAAGAAUCAAGUAAAACUGGAAUUGACUGGAUGAUUUUAAAAYGAUCCAUCACAUGGCUGGAAAGUUUUCAGAUUAAAAGUAUAAAUCAUAAUCUGUAUUUAAAUACAAUAAACUGGAUAUUUGUGUCUUAUUUUAGUAUUCAACAUAUAGUUUACUAAGAGAGUUCAGUCUUCCAGAUGUUCAACAGUGUCGAGCAGCUCUGUUUUUCACUCUGUACGUUUUAUUUUACAGCUCRCUUCUGAAAUUAAUUACACAAACACCAGGGGAACGGAAGGGAGUUUCAGUGUUUACAAAGUAUUAGCGUCUGCCCCAUAAUUUCUCUUCAGGUUAGUAAAGCGGCAAACGUCAGGUCUUCAAACUGGGUGCUGCUUUCUAAGCGAGGAAAUUGGAUAUGAACCAGUUUUUAUAUUUAAAGAAAAAAGGUUUUUUUUUUUGGAUGCAAACUUUGGUUGAAACCAACUAAUCCCUGCUUUGUUCAUCUCAUGGAUUGUAAUAAACUGGAAAUAAGAGUUUU